CUAAACCGAACACCACAGAACGACAUCGUUUUAAAAAGAGUAAGAGAGAAUGUUCGUCUUCUUCUUCCUCCUCGGAUCUCUCUGAUAAUUUUUUUUUCCUUUUUUCUGGAAAAACCCAAACUUUCUCAGAUAAUUACUCAAUUCAACAACUCUCUCGUCUCUCGCCGAUCUCUCUUUGUGUCAUUCUGCUGUUCAGAUCUCUUUACCAAGGAACCAAUCUGGGAAAUGGACAAGGAGAAAUCUCCUAGUGGAGGUCUACCUCCACCAUCAGGCCGUUACUCAUCCUUUCCUCAUUUGUCUCCUCCAAGUGGGAGCACCACCACCCCAGAUGCUAACCGUUUCAGCCACGAUAUUAGCCGAAUGCCAGAUAACCCACCCAAGAACAAUCUAGGCCAUCGCCGAGCUCACUCAGAGAUCCUCACUCUUCCCGAUGACUUGAGCUUCGACAGUGAUCUCGGUGUGGUUGGUGGUGAUGGACCUUCUUUCUCCGACGACACUGAUGAGGACUUGAUGUCUAUGUAUCUCGACAUGGAUAAGUUUAAUUCCUCGGCUAGUUCUUCCUGUGAGCCGUCGGAACUCGUUUGGAGGAAUGAGUUAGGCGGGGGCGGCUGCUCGGGGGGUUCUAAUCUUCAGAGUACGCCUCCUGGUGGUAGUGAAAGACCGAGGAUUAGGCACCAGCACAGCCAGUCGAUGGAUGGUUCGACGAGUAUAAAGCCUGAGUUGCUUAUGUCUGGGAAUGAAGGAGUUGACUCUAAGAAAGCUAUCUCUGCUGCUAAACUCUCCGAGCUUGCUCUCAUUGAUCCGAAACGUGCUAAGAGGAUAUGGGCAAACAGGCAGUCUGCUGCGAGGUCAAAAGAAAGGAAGAUGAGAUACAUAGCGGAGCUAGAGAGGAAAGUACAGACUUUACAAACUGAAGCUACUACUCUCUCAGCGCAGUUGACUCUCUUACAGAGAGAUACAAAUGGGCUGAGUGUUGAAAACCAUGAGCUGAAACUCCGAGUACAAACAGUGGAGCAACAAGUUCACCUGCAGGAUGCAUUAAAUGACGCACUGAAGGAGGAAGUCCAACAUCUCAAGGUAUUAACGGGGCAAGGUGGUUCGAAUGGUGGUGCAUCAUCAGUAAUGAACUAUGGUUCUUUUGGAUCAAACCAGCAAUACUAUCCCAAUAAUCAGUCGAUGCAUACUAUGCAAGCUGCACAACAGUUUCAGCAGCUCCAGAUCCAUUCACAGAAACAACAACAGCAGCAGUUUCAGUAUCAGCAGCAGCAGCAGCAGCAACUUUAUCAGCUUCAGCUUCAGCUUCAGCAGCAGCGGAUUCAACAGCAGGAACAACAAAGCGGUGUGGUAGCGGAGCCGAGAAGGCCGAUGUCUUCUUCUUCGGGUGGUCAGAAAGAGAGUGUGACAUCGCCUGAUCUUGAGUCUCCCUCAACAAAAGACUGAAGAUUGUUGUUGUUGACUGUUGUUAGUGUCCAGUUUGGUGGAAAACAAGACGCACCGUAGAAGCUGUUAGUGAAGCCUUUGUCUGUAGUCUUUUAUUAACCAAAACCAUAUUCAAAUUCUUUGGCUUUUGUUCUGUUAUGUUAUUGAAUCAUCUCUCGCUUGGUUUUGGAUUUGAAGCUUGUUUAAAGUAACAUAAGUCUGCAAAGUAUCUAUCUUGAAGUUAUGUGUUACAUAAA